AUGUUAAAUUUGUUUUAUGUAAGUGAGGAAGUAUAUUCUUAUGAAAAUGAGGAUAUAAUAAAAAAAGCAUUAGAGUUUGAUAGAAUAGGAGAAGUAUAAUUAGAUUUAGAAAAUAAAUCAAUAAGUUAUAAAAUUAAUCGUAGAAAAUGUAUUAGAUUAUCAGAUUUAAUAUUUUGGAUUGUAAUACAUUUUCAUUUAUAUUUAUAUAGGAAUCCGAUUUUAUUCGUAUUCAUUUAGGAUAAUUGCUUUAUUUAUUUGUUCAAUUAUUAAAUUAAGUAUAACUAAUUGAAUCUUAAGGAAUUGAACAUAAUUAUCUUGAUUUAAAUAGAAUUUGGCUUCAUUUAACAGAAAAUAGUUAGUAUCCUGCUCUUAUUUAUCAAAUAUUAAUAUAUUCAAUCCAUUUUACAGGAUAUUAAUGUCCAAUUUAUGAGAAAUCUAAAUUUUUACAAAAAGCAUCUAGUAAAAUGAAAGAAAUUAUAUAAAUUAUCAUCAAUCGUUGUUUUAAUAGAAUUCAUUUAAAAUGGACUAAUAAUGAUAAAAGGAAUUAAAUAUAUAAUGAAAUAAUGAUACCAAUAAUUAAUUUAUGUAAAUCAUAAAAUUCAAAUAAUUAUGAUAUCAUAAGAUGCAUUUCAGAUUUAAUGAAGAAAUAUAAUUAUAAAGAAGAAUUAUAGAAUAAAUUAAUUUAAUGUUUAGAUAUUGAUGAUAAUUGUAAUGAUUAUAUAAACUCUGAUAGACAAAAAGUAAUUCCGAAAGUUAAUUAGGAUUUGACAGCCAUUAUUGAAUUUGCCAAUUAAUAUGGAUAUAUUGUAAUUGAAUCUUUUUUAUAUUAAUAUAUUCCUAUUAUAAGUAAACAUUUAGAAUCUUACUCAAAACUUAAAUUAGAUUAUUAAAUGAAAGCUUAACAAGAAUAUAAUAGAAUAAAAGAAAAUGAAUCUAAAAUCAAUUAAUUAAUUAAAGAACAAGUUUAAAUAAUGAUUUAAAAUUCUCUAAAAGAAAAAGAAAAGGAAUAUAAAUUUGAAAUCACAGAUGAUGAAAUAAAAUAACUAGAAGUAGAGAUCAUUAAUUAAGUAUUACAAUGUUCAUCUCUUAAAUAUUUUAAUAAUACAUUUUGGUUACAUCAAAAUAAUCAAGAAAUUCAUCAUUAUCAAUUUUCAGCCGCAUCAAAAUAUAUGGUUUAAAUUGUUGAAGAACAAGUAGAUUUACUUUUUAUAAAAAAAGUUCUAAUAUUGGUUACUGAAUUGAUUUGA